ACGCGGCCCCGUGAUUUGCGCGCGGGGGUUUGAAAGGCGGGAGCGUGAGCCAAUCAGAGAGCGCUGUGCACGGGGCGGGAGGGGGGAGCGGCCGGCCAAUGAACGCGAGGUAAAGCCGGAGUGACAGCGAUGGGCUCCCAAUCACAAGCAGUCUCCCGGCCCGCUCGGGGUUUCCCCAGCAACGCCCCGCCCCGGCUGCCAUGGCAACCGAGGCCCGCCCCUUCCUUCGCCGGGAGGGCGGGAGCAGGUGCCGCACGGAUGAGUGGCGUUAGCAAAGAACCAAUCAGCGUGCUCCGACAGCCUACCGGUAUGAGCGGCAGGCGCGAAGACCAAUAGGAGCGGCGCAACGGAGAGCUGGGCGGCCGAUCGGAGCGGGGGCGGGGCGGCGGCUUUGUGGGGAGCGGGGCCGGGCCCGAGCGGCGGAGCCAGGCCCGGAGCCGGGCCGGGAGGCCCCGUCCCCGCCAUGGAGUUCCCGGAGCACAGCCGGCAGCUGCUGCGGGGGCUGCGGGAGCAGCGGGCUCAGGGCUUCCUGUGCGACUGCACGGUGCUGGUGGGCAGCGCCCCGUUCCCGGCGCACCGCGCCGUGCUGGCGGCCUGCAGCGCCUUCUUCCACAUGUGCUACGCCGAGCGGCUGGACAAGGGCGAGCUGGUGCGGCUCAACAGCGAGAUCGUGACGCCGCCCGCCUUCGGGCUGCUGCUCGAGUUCAUGUACGAGGGGCGCCUGGCGCUGGCCGCCACGCCGCUGGAGGACGUGCUGGCGGCCGCCAGCUACCUGCACAUGAACGACGUGGUCAAGCUUUGCAAGAAGAAGCUGCAGGCGCGGGCCCCGGCCGAGGCCGACAGCACCAAGCGGGAGGAGGAGGAGGACGACGACGACCCCCCCGGCAGCCCCCCGCUGCCGCCCGCCGCCCUCCCGCAGCGCCCGGCCAGCCCCGGGGCGCCGCCGCCGCCGCCGCUGCUCUCGGUGCCCCCGGGCCCGGUCGGCCAGGCCGGGGAGGAGCAGCGGGCCCUGGCGCCCCCCGAGCCGCCCGCGGCCUGCGUGGACGUGGCCGACACCACGCAGCCCGGCGUGGAGGGCGACUGGCCCCCCCGCGCGGCCCCCCCGGACCUCUCGCUGCCCAGCCCCAGCAGCUCGACGGAGGCCGCCCCGCGGCCCGACUUCCCCGGGGGCGAGCUGCCGGCCCCCGGGGAGCUCUGCGCAGGGCCCUGGGCGCCCGUCGCCCCCACGGGGCUGCUGCCCGCCGCCGUCAAGGCGGAGGCCAUCGUCAUCUCCGACGAGGAGCCCGAGGCGGGCGCCCGCCGCCCCGGAAGCCUCUUCCCGGGGCCGGCGCGGGGUCCCCGGGGGGCGGCGGCGGCGGCGGCCUUCGGGGAGGCGGCGGGGGAGCCGCUGGCCUUCGGGCUGCCGGCGCUGCGGGAGCCGCUGUUCCUGCCGCCGCUGGAGGGGCGCGGGGGCUUCGGGCUGUUCGCCGAGGAGGCGCCGACGUGCCCGACGUGCGGGAAGACCUUUUCGUGCUCCUACACGCUGCGCCGCCACGCCACCGUGCACACGCGGGAGCGCCCCUACGAGUGCCGCCACUGCCUGCGCAGCUACACGCAGUCCGGGGACCUCUACCGGCACAUCCGCAAGGCGCACAGCCACGGGCCGCCCGCGCACCGGGGCCGCGCCGACAGCGACCACGGCAACCCGCCGUAGCGGGACCGGACGGGCGAGCGGGCGGGCGCUAGGACCCGGGGGAGGCCCGCGGCCGCCGGGGGGCGGGGCCGGAGCAGCGGGUGGGCGGGGGCCCGCGCCGAUGUGGGCGGGGCCCGGCGGCGAGGGGCGGAGCGGGUGUACGGAGGUCACGUGGGCUGGAAUAAAGCGC